AUGCCUCCUCCCCGUCCUGUCCUGCAGGAGUCCAUCAGUGACUUUUACUGGUACUACUCAGGGAAAGACAUCAUUGACGAACCCGGCAAGAGGAAUUUCUCCAAAGCGAUGACUGUAGCCAAGCAGGUCUUCAACAGCUUGACUGAGUACAUCCAGGGUCCGUGCACUGGGAACCAGCAGUCUCUGGCCCACAGCAGGUUGUGGGACGCCGUCGUUGGUUUCCUCCACGUUUUUGCUCACAUGAUGAUGAAACUUGCUCAGGAUUCCAGUCAAAUUGGUCUAUUGAAGGAACUGUUGGACCUCCAGAAGGACAUGGUGGUGAUGCUUCUGUCCCUGCUUGAAGGCAACGUGGUCAACGGCACCAUCGCCAGGCAAAUGGUGGACAUGUUGGUGGAGUCCUCCAGCAACGUGGAGAUGAUCCUCAAGUUCUUCGACAUGUUCCUCAAGCUCAAAGACAUCGUGGCGUCUGACGCCUUCAGGGACUAUGUGACAGAUCCACGGGGACUCAUCUCAAAGAAGGACUUCUCCAAAGCCAUGGACAGCCAGAAGCAGUACUCCCCAUCAGAGAUCCAGUUCCUGCUCUCUUGUUCUGAGGCUGAUGAAAACGAAAUGAUCAACUUUGAAGAGUUUGCAGAUCGUUUCCAGGAGCCGGCCAAGGACAUCGGUUUCAACAUAGCGGUUCUGCUCACAAACCUGUCCGAGCACGUUCCCCAUGACACCCGGCUUCAGAACUUCCUGGAGCAGGCAGAGAGCGUGCUCAACUAUUUCCGGCCGUUCCUUGGGCGCAUUGAGAUCAUGGGCGCCAGCCGGAGGAUCGAGCGCAUCUACUUUGAGAUCAGCGAGGCCAACCGCAACCAGUGGGAGAUGCCGCAAGUCCGAGAGUCCAAACGGCAGUUCAUCUUUGACGUGGUCAACGAGGGCGGUGAAAGCGAGAAGAUGGAGAUGUUCGUAAACUUCUGCGAGGACACAAUCUUUGAGAUGAACAUCGCCGCAUCCAUCUCUGAGCCCGAGGGAGACGGGGAGGAAGAAGAAGAUGACGAGGAGGAGGAAGAGGGAGGUGGGGACGAAGGGGAAGCCGGAGAAGGUGAGGAGGGAAGCGGAGAAGUUCCAGAGUCGGCCUCUGCCUUUGCAGAGUUCCUGAAGAGCGUGAUGAAUUUCUUCAGCAUGUUCACCUUCCGGAACCUGCGGCGCCACUACCGCAAGCUGAGGAAGAUGACGGUGAAGGAGAUGGUGAUCGGCCUGGUGACGUUCGUCUACACCGUCCUGAUGGGCAUCCUUAUGUUCGUCUACAACAUCUGUAAGGGCUUCUUUACGCUCAUCUGGAAGGCGCUGUUUGGUGGAGGCUUGGUGGAGGGGGCCAAGAAGAUGACAGUUACCGAGAUCUUAGCCAGCAUGCCGGACCCAACGCAAGAUGAAGUCCACGAAGAUCUGCCCCCUGAACCAGGCGCUCGGGAAGUCCAGGAAGCUGAUGGUGUGACGGACCUGUUAGAUACUGUUGGAGAAGGAGAAGAGGAAGAGGAUGGAGAAGAAGGGGAAGGUGGACGUCUGCCUGGUUUCAACACACCUGGGGGUCUCGGAGACUUUGGAGAAACAACUCCAGAAGAGCCGCCGACUCCUGAAGGAACACCUCUGCUGAAGAGGAAGCUGCUGGCUGCAGCAGUUGGAGGUCAAGAGGAGGAAGAGAAAGUAGAACCUGAAGUGGAAGCUCCUCAGGAGACCGAGAAGGCAGACAUCGAGAAUGGAGAGAAAGCUGAGAAAGCUGAGCCUGAACCUGAGGUGAAGGAGGAAGAGCCGGAGGAAGAGGAGGAGAGAACCAUGAAGACAAAGACGAAGAAGGACAAGAAGCCUGCCGAGGAGGGCUUUGAGCUGUGGAACGAGCUGGAAGUUCAGAGGAUUAAAUUCAUGAACUACCUCUCCCGUAACUUCUACAACCUUCGUUUCUUGGCUCUGUUCAUCGCCUUCGCUCUUAAUUUCAUCCUGCUCUUCUACAAGGUUUCUGAAACCCCACCAGGUGAGGAAGAGUUCGAGGGAUCCGGUCUGUUUGAGGGCUCUGGCCUGUUCGAAGGUUCUGGCGCUGAGGAGGACGGAUCUGGAUUGGAGGACGGUGGUGAAGACGAUGAGGAGGAGGGUCCACUGUACUACUUCUUGGAAGAGAGUACGGGAUACAUGGAGCCGGCCAUGGCUUUCCUGGGUAUCGUCCACACCAUCAUCUCCUUCCUCUGCAUCAUCGGCUACAACUGUCUCAAGGUUCCUCUGGUUAUCUUCAAAAGAGAGAAGGAGUUGGCCAGAAAGCUGGAGUUUGAUGGUCUCUACGUCACGGAGCAGCCGGAGGACGACGACAUCAAGGGCCAGUGGGACAGACUGGUGCUCAACACGCCGAGCUUCCCCAACAAUUACUGGGACAAAUUUGUCAAAAGAAAGGUUCUGGAUAAAUACGGGGACAUCUACGGCAGGGAGAGAAUCGCCGAGCUGCUUGGGAUGGAUUUGGCGUCUUUAGACGUGAGCGCCAUGACGCACGAGAAGAAGCCCGAACCGGACACCUCCAUGUUCAGCUGGAUAACGUCGAUCGACAUCAAGUACCAGAUCUGGAAGUUUGGCGUGGUGUUCACCGACAACACCUUCCUCUACCUGGUGUGGUACAUGCUGAUGUCUCUGCUUGGACACUACAACAACUUCUUCUUCGCCUGCCAUCUUCUGGACAUCGCCAUGGGCGUCAAAACGCUGCGCACCAUUCUGUCCUCUGUUACGCACAACGGCAAACAGCUGGUGAUGACGGUGGGUCUGCUUGCCGUCGUGGUGUACCUCUACACGGUGGUGGCCUUCAACUUCUUCAGGAAGUUUUACAACAAGAGCGAGGACGAGGACGAGCCGGACAUGAAGUGUGACGACAUGAUGACUUGUUACCUCUUCCACAUGUACGUUGGCGUCCGCGCCGGCGGUGGCAUCGGAGACGAGAUCGAGGACCCGGCUGGGGACGAAUACGAGCUGUAUCGAGUGGUCUUCGACAUCACCUUCUUCUUCUUCGUCAUCGUCAUCCUGCUGGCCAUCAUCCAGGGUUUGAUCAUCGACGCCUUUGGAGAGCUCAGAGACCAGCAGGAGCAGGUCAGGGAGGACAUGGAGACCAAGUGCUUCAUCUGUGGAAUCGGAAGCGACUACUUCGACACAACGCCGCACGGCUUCGAGACGCACACCUUAGAGGAGCACAAUUUAGCAAACUACAUGUUCUUCCUGAUGUAUCUCAUCAAUAAAGAUGAAACGGAGCACACGGGACAGGAGUCCUACGUGUGGAAGCUGUACCAGGAGCGAUGCUGGGACUUCUUCCCUGCUGGAGACUGCUUCAGGAAGCAGUACGAGGACCAGCUGGGAUAGUUUGAAGGACAAACCAGAGGUCAAACACGUCAGAGUCUUAGUUUAGUUGUUUAUCUGACAUUUCUCUCGUCUGUUCGAAGCUACGCACACCUUGGCUGAACGUUCGUACCACCUGCAGCAGAAUGUCGAUGAUUUGAAAUAAGCAAAGAAAAGCCUUUUUAUUCCACUUUAAAUACCGUUUACGGCUUUCCUGCGUGACUUCCAACGCCUUCCAAACGUUAGUCUGUAAACGUCACAGUGCCUACAGCAACGCCACUGCUUUACCUGUCGGAACCUUAGAACUUUAUGUUCAUUUAACAAUUGAUCUGUUUAUUUCAGAUUUUGAUUUUAGCAUUUUGGUCCCAGAGUAGAUUAUUUUCUUCUUCUUUUUUUUUUGUAUCGUUCAGCUUUUAAAGGUGGAGCCAGCAGCCAGUAAUCCAGGAAAGUGUCUGUUUGAAUGAAACCUCUGAUGUUUUACUCACCGUCAUGAUGUCAUUUUUAAUUUCUAACUAGUUUUGUUGUUGGUUUUGUGUAAAACGACGACGAAACUGAUCCAGAAACCGUUUAAAGUUGAGUCGAGCUUUCUGCCUAAAGCGCAUUUCGUGCAUGAAGCAGCUCAACGUGCUUUCUGUUGAGGACAAAACACAAACGUUCACAGAAAUAUAAAAAGGAGAGAAAAAACAUUUAAAACCUUCGAAACAAAGAAUCAGACUUUUAAACUCCACAGGGCUCUGUAGGUUUCCACAUGUUAAAUGUGAUGAGACUCUUCAGGACUAUUUCACAAAAAGCAGCAGCUCUUUCUUCUUCUGUGGUUUUAUUGCUGCUCCCAGCAGCACAACUGGUUCAGAGUCAAAGGUUUUGUGAGCAGCUCCGAGUCGUUCUGUCUCGCAUCGAUCAGAAACUGAAACGCUUUCCUGAAAAAAGUACAGUAUUAUUUAACAGUGCGGUUAAAGUGGGGUCUGCAGACGUUUUGACUGACUGCUCUAUUUUCUGCCUCUUUCCCCACAAAAUAAAAAUCAUCCAGAAAACCUGCUGAAAAAACAAAAGUCACGCGACUGAAUUUUCUCUAAUCGAAGUUCGGCUCUGUUUGCUUUUGUCGCACCGCGUCACAGUACACGUCAUCUCAGGGUGACGUGCACAAGCAUUCACGUGCAUGAAUCCCAGCAGAGUGACACAUCUUCACUUCAUCGAAGCUCCGCUUUCAGCUGCGACAGUGGGAAGGAAAACCUUGAUUAGAACAGAAGGAAACCUCCAGCAGAACUGGGCUCAGCCGUCUGCCUCGGCUGCUUGGGGUUAGAGAGGACCGCCAAUAAAGAACCGAUACUUAUUUUGAUUUUCAGAUUCUUCUGAUCGUUGUUCGCAGAAUGAGUCGCUGUAUUUUAACAAAUACGCUCCAAAAACUCUCAACAGCGUCAUUUGGUUGUAAAAUGGCACUUUGUGUUGUUGUUUUUUCUGCAAAACACCACCUCUUUAAAUAUUGUUCAAAAGUUUUUUGAAAGUUGUAAAAAUAUGAAUUAUUUAGUGACAAAAAGGACAACGGGUUGGUUUCUCUUGUUUUACUGAAAUCUAAAGCUGAACGAGAGAGCUGCUAAAAAGGAGCUUUUCCUGCUGCAAAAGGAACCAAAGGGCCACGUUUGGCCCCAGAGCCGCAGCUUGCAGACCCCUGGAACAAAUGAAGACUUUUGACAGGAAGUUGACACAACGUGGCGUCCACUCUGUAUUGAUAGUCCUCGAGGACGCCGGGGUUACUGAGAGUCAAACUGUCCUGGAAACAGAUCUCAGAUCAGUUUUAAUACGACUUUAUGCACAAACGCUAGGGUUCCCAACCCUGGUCCUUGAGGAACACCAUCCUGCAUGGUUUAGUUGUUUCUCUGCUCCAACACACCUGAUUCAGUGGUUUAAUUACUUCCUUAAGUUCGUCAGAAACCCGUUAAUCACCCUUUCAUUUAAAUCAAGUGUGUUGGAGCAGAGGAACAACUAAACAAGCAGGGUGGUCCUCAGGGACCAUGGUUGGGAUCACUGCAUUAAAAUAUUGAAUGCAGCAACUGAACAACGAUGAGGCUUUUUAUUGGCCUUUAGAUGAACGAGACCUAUUUUACUUCAACCGUAUUUGCAUAUAUUUAUUUUUCUUUACAGGUUUAUGACAUUAAACCGAUCUCUGCUCCUUUUUCAGACAUGAAAAGUUUUGUUUGUGAAGAAACGAGUCUUACACUGAAGGAAUGGGAAUGUUUGGUGUUUUACUGUCGAUACGUCAGUUGAUGUUAUUUUUCUUGAAUCAAAGUUGUGUGUGAAGAUUGAUCUGAACGUAAGUCACGACGUCGGAGACGACUCCAAAGUGUUUUCUGUCCCAGAAGUGAUUCACAGAAACAAAAGUGUCCUCUGACUGAAGCCUGUUUCAAUAAAACAGAUUAUUUUAAGAACGC